AUGGCCAGCACUGGCUCAAGCCCAGGAACUGGAGAUGAAGACGCCGCCAAUGCAGAAUCCAAAAUGUGCCGAGAAGCUAGAGACCUCUCUCAAAACUUCUCCUUAUAUGCUGGAAGCAGGCCACACCCCGAAGGAGCAUUGAUCUUCUUUCUACAAGUAGUUCAUUAUAGCCAGAAGCAGAUCAUCCUCCACCACUUUGAUAUCUAUGUUGUUGACCUCUCCAAGAGUCCUUUCACUCAGGUAAAAGUGUUUGCUCAGCCCAUGGAUGCUGGUUUUUCAUGUAGUCACAGUAUCAGUACCAGCCUCUCCAUGAUUGAAAACAUGAUGCCCAAUGCAAACCCCACUGUUGCUCCUCAGGUUUCCUGUGCGCUGGGGAACUUGAACGUGAGUGCUGAAAAUCAGGGCCAGAUUAAGAUGUACAUCAACCAAGUGUGUCGCGAGACUGUGUCUCGUUGCCACAACUCAUUUCUGCAGCAGGCAGGAUUAAAUUUGUUAAUAAGCAUGACAGCUAUUAAUAACAUGCUUGCCAAGUCCCUUUCAGGCUUGAAGUUUCCUUUGGUAGUGGAGGGAAGUGGACAUGCUAAGACUCAGGUGUUGAAACCGCUAAUAGGCUUGUCUGAAAAGCCAGCCUUGGCAGGGGGGUUGCUCGGGGCCCACGUGCUGUUGUCAUUCAUUCCCCUCUUUAUCAGAAAUGGAAACAGAGAGAUUCUCCUGGACGUCCUGGCCCCUUAA